AAUCAGAACAACUGUUGUUUAUUACGAGGUUGGACGGUAUUUGUUUUUGUUUCCGUAAUUACAACGCGAAUAAUUUUUUUUAUGCUAUGGUUUAUUUACGAAGUAUUUUGCAGAAGCAUUUAGAAAAAACUAGACUGUCGCGUCGCAAUCACAGAAAGGAAUAAUUCAUAAUAUUAGUGUGCUCAAAAAUGUGGAAUCUAUCGCAACCUUCUAACGGUCGGUCAUUAGGACAUUUUGAGAUAUUAUUCCGCAAAGAUCCUUGUUUGUAAACAAUUAGAUGUGUGGAACAGCGGCGGUGAAACUUUUAGACAGAAGAAGUAAAGUUAACAUUGCAAGUUACGUAGGGCUUCGUUAAGUAGGUAUGUAAAUAAUUCGAAUUUAGACUAUUCCAAUCUUGUUAAUAAUAUCGUCCAAAGUAUGUUGAAGAAAUACAUGACGAUGGAGCAGAAAAAGUACAUGGUGGAUUACAUGGCUGAAAAUUUGGACUUUGGCAACAACCGAUUCCAGUCGCUCAGAGUAAAGGAGCUUCAAAAACAAAAAUGGAACGGUUUAAGCACGGCAUUGAAUGCUUUUGGAGGAGCAACGAAGUCCCUCGAUCAAUGGGAACUUUCGUGGCGUGAUCUCAAACAGAAAAUCAAAACAAAAUGGUUGACUAUUCAGAACCGACAGAGCGGUGAAAACGGGUUAGUGCAAAAGAAGCGAGACGUUCUCUCGGAGCUGGAAAAGAUGGUUCUUGCUAUUAUGCAGAAAGAUACAAUAGAUUGCGACGGCAGAACUCAAGCAGGCGGAUUUAAUGAACCGUGGAUUCGGGAGAUAACACGCUGAAGAAAACGUCGAAUUCCUCGAUGAUGAGGUCGUGAACAUGCCCGCUGAUGUUAGCGAAAUGUAUGGUGGCCUGGUUGAGAUUUCAUCAAACACCGCACCUUCAAGAACAUCGGAUGCAGUAGAGUAUAACGUUCCUGCUUUAGAUCCUACGACCAUCCACGAAACAACAUCUCGCCACAGAGGAACUGCCACUUCUUCGAGAGGAAGACGACUCGGCAGAGGCCAACGAUAUAGAGAUACCGGAAUGCAAAAUAUGGAAUGUCAAUUUUUUCAAUGUCUUGAGAAUAUGCAAAACGAUAAAAAGGAACAUAUGAAACGGAAACUCGAACUACAACAGAAAAAGCUGGAAAUUUAAGAGCGAAAGCUUGAUAUCAAGCAACAAAAAAUGGGUACAUUGAAAUCAAUCAACGAGAACCUGCAGAUGCUGUUUAAUCUUAAUUAAGUUUAUAAGGAUGUUAGUAACCUUUAUGAAUCCAUUAGAUUGUUGGCAAUACAAAAAAUCAUACUUUUUUCAA